AUGUCUUCCAUCUUCUUGUCGCGUGUCUUCUUCAUCGCCGUUGUCAUCGAUCUCGCCACUUUGGCCGUUGUCAUCUGGCUGAUGGCCUCAGGUCACGGCCCUGAUGUUUGGCUCGUGGCUCUCGCUGCCUUUUUCCUGUGCACCAUCUUCAUUGGUGCCUACGUCCGCUACAACAAACCCAAGACCGCCGACGUCGAGGGUCGUGGUGGCAUCCCCAUGAACCGCUUGCGCUCGUACUACCACCGUGACGGCUCGGUCAGCAGCGACAGCAGCAACGACAGCGACGGUAUCGACCGCUCCAGUCUGCGCUCGAUUGAGGGCCCUUACGCUCGUACUCCUGCUCGCAUGCUCGGCGUUACUCCUGAUGGUGGUUUCUCUGACAGUGCUGCCACCUUGGUCAACCCUCCUGGUACUGGCGCCCGCAUCUCCCCUGGUAGAUCUCGCUUCUCAAGUGCUUCCACCCUUGCACCUCCUCAGGCAACUCACACCCGUACUGCUCGCACCCACCACGGUCACUCUGGCGCUGCUUCUAGCACCAGCCUUCAUGCUCAGCCUCAGACUCCCAUCAUCCGUCCCCAGAUGGCUCACACCCGCCCCGCAACUCCUUUGUUCCGUUGGUGA